AUGGAUCUGGACCCCAAGUACGACGACUACGACUUCCCGUACACCGCGGCCGAGAAGCAGGAUGGCCACCCGGGCUUCCUCACGGAGCUGCAGAUUGCCCAGGUGCAUCAGCUGCGGAUGAUGCUCGAGGCCGAGGGCUACAUGGAGCGGUUGGACACGUUGACCAUGCUCCGGUUCCUGCGGGCGCGCAAGUUUGACGUUGCCCUGUCCAAGCAGAUGUUCGUCGAGUGCGAAAAGUGGCGAGCCGAGACCAAGCUGGACGAGACGGUGCCGACCUGGGACUACCCCGAGAAGGCUGAGCUCGCCAAGUACUACAAGCAGUUUUACCACAAAACGGACAAGGACGGCCGCCCCAUCUACAUCGAGACGCUCGGCGGCAUCGACCUGACGGCCAUGUACAAAAUCACCUCGGGCGAGCGCAUGCUGACCAACCUCGCCGUCGAGUACGAGCGCGUGGCGGACCCGCGCCUGCCCGCGUGCUCGCGCAAGGCCGGCAAGCUGCUCGAGACGUGCUGCACCAUCAUGGACCUCAAGGGCGUGACCCUGACCAAGGUGCCGUCGGUCUACUCGUACGUGCGCCAGGCGUCGGUCAUCUCGCAGAACUACUACCCGGAGCGCCUGGGCAAGCUGUACCUCAUCAACGCGCCCUGGGGCUUCUCGACCGUCUGGAGCGUCGUCAAGGGCUGGCUCGACCCCGUCACCGUGGCCAAGAUCAACAUCCUCGGCUCCGGCUACCAGUCCGAGCUGCUCAAGCAGGUGCCCGCCGAGAACCUGCCCAAGGAGUUUGGCGGCGCCUGCGAGUGCGAGGGCGGCUGCGAGAACAGCGACGCCGGGCCCUGGCACGACCCCCAGUGGGCCAAGCCCGCCAAGUGGGAGAAGAACAAGGACGACGGCAAGACCAUUGAGAACAAGGGCUCCGAGAUUGAGAAGCCCGCUGCCGACGCCACCGAGGCCGUUCCCGCCGUGGAGGCCGGCGACAAGCAGACGGCUGCCGCCUGA